UUUUGGUGUUUAUCGAAAAACUAAACGCUCUCAUCCCCCCCUUUGCACCACUCCGAUGAAUACUUUAUAGAAAAAAAAGUCUACAGGAUCCAAGGAUAAAGCGAGGAUAUUUGUUUGUAAACGAUUUGUUCGGCUCGAAAACCACUGCAACUCGGCGACGAGACGCUCUUAAGUGCACUCCACUCGAGGCGACGAAACGCUCGGUCGUGGCGGCAACGGGAAGGCAACAAAAACAACAACAUCCAAUACACAAUUUGCCAAACCAAAAAAACGUUUGUGUCUCAGGAUGUGGGACUCAUCCAUGUUUCUCAGCACAUUGACGCCAAAGUUCUAUGUGGCACUCACGGGCACCUCCAGCCUCAUAUCGGGCCUCAUUUUGAUCUUUGAGUGGUGGUAUUUUCGCAAGUACGGAACAUCCUUUAUUGAGCAAGUGUCCAUCAAUCACAUUAGCCCCUGGAUCAAUGGCAACGAUGCCCAAUCGGACUCCAGCAAUGGCAGCGGCAGCAGCAGCAGCAGUGGCUCCAGCAGCAGCAGCAAUGGUGGCGGUGGUGGUGGUGGGGGUGGCAGCGGCGCAGGACCGGGCGCUGGUGGGGGUACCAAUUCAACCACCAGCACGGGCACCCAAAUGCCCGAAUGUAAAGUGUGGCGCAACCCUCUGAAUCUGUUUCGCGGUGCCGAGUAUCAGCGCUUCUUUUGGGCGACCAGCAAGGAGCCGCUCACGUACUACGACAUGAAUUUGAGUGCCCAGGACCAUCAGACGUUCUUCACCUGCGAGGGUGAUGCGCGCAAGGAGGAGUACGAGAUUAUGCAGACGGCCUGGCGUGAACGGAAUCCCAUGCAGCGCAUCAAGUCCGCGCACAAUGCCCUGGAAAUCAAUGCCGAAUGCGCGCCCGCGUACAUUCUGCUGGCCGAGGAGGAGGCUAUGACCAUCAUGGAGGCGGAGAAGAUACUGAAGACAGCGCUCAAGGUGGCGGAGCUCAACUAUCGCAAGUCGCAGGCCACGCAGCAUCAGGGAGCCAUAGCAGACGGCAUGCAUCGCAGGGACACGAACGUGCUGAUCUACAUCAAGCGGCGGCUGGCCAUGUGCGCCCGCAAGCUGGGCAAGUUGAAGGAGGCGGCCAAGAUGUUUCGCGAUCUCACCAAGGAGAUACCCUCCAUCAUGAGCGUGCUGAACAUACACGAGAAUCUCAUCGAAACGCUGCUGGAGAUGCAGGCCUACGCCGAUUGCCAUGCCAUACUGGCCAAGUACGAUGACAUUUCGCUGCCCAAAUCGGCGACCAUUUGCUAUACGGCAGCGCUGCUCAAGGCGCGUGCCGUUGCGGACAAGUUCUCGCCGGACAUUGCCUCGAAGCGCGGGCUGAGUCCUGCCGAGAUGAGCGCCGUGGAGGCCAUACAUCGGGCAGUGGAAUUCAAUCCGCAUGUGCCCAAGUAUUUGCUGGAGACGAAGCCGCUCAUUCUGCCGCCGGAGCAUAUACUGAAGCGUGGCGAUUCCGAGGCCCUGGCCUAUGCGUUCUUCCACUUGAAGCACUGGAAGCAGGUGGAGGGCGCGCUCAAUCUGCUGCACUGCACCUGGGAGGGUACAUUUCGCAUGCUGCCGUAUCCGCUGGAGCGCGGUCAUCUCUUCUAUCCAUAUCCAACGUGCACCGAGUGCGCCGAUCGUGAACUGCUGCCGGCCUUCCACGAGGUCUCCGUCUAUCCGAAGAAGGAGCUGCCCUUCUUUAUACUCUUCACCGCUGGACUCUGCUCCUUCACGGCCCUGUUGGCCCUACUCACGCACCAAUAUCCAGAGCCAAUGGGCCUGCUGGCACAGACAGUACUUACCUGGAUCUCGUAUCCCUUUCAGUUGCUCAAAGAGCGCGUUGAGGCAUUCUGGCCGUGCAACUUGCUGCAGCAAUUGUCUCGUGUCUAAGUUGUUUGGAUUAAAGGAGUGAUGGAUUUAUGGCUAACCCCUCUAGCCUCUACUCGAACCCGUACUACUCUCUGCCCUCGGAUGACGCACACAAACACAAGGAAACACUCACACACACACUCACACGUACAUUUUCAGCAAGGAACAAAAGCUACAAAAAAAAAACAACUACACUUAUACACAUACAUAUAUAUAUAUAUAUCUAUAUAUAUUUUGGAUCUUAAUAUGUCUGUGUUGUCUUCGUGAAAUAAAGAAAGCAAAAAACAAAACAAAA